AUGAGCAUCUCCGAAUUAGAACAUGUGCGUGGUGUUUGGGGACGAACCAAGAACGACAGUGCCAUCUAUCGACUUCUUCUCUCAGAUGUCGAGAUUGUCAGCGCCACUCGCGGCGAGAUGCAAGCCCGUCUUAAUCUCACUCCCGAUCAUGUAAACUCCCGGGGUACCAUCCACGGAGCUGUGUCCGCAUCAAUCAUGGAUUGGGCCGGUGGCAUGGCCAUUGCAACUCACGGAUUUGAGAAAACUGGUGCCAGCGUUGACAUUCACGUUUCAUAUCUUUCUACUGCCCACGCUGGUGACGUACUGAACAUCCAUGCAGUAGCAGAUCGUGUCGGAAAGUCAAUGGCCUUCACUACCAUCAAGAUCUUCCGAAUUGUCGAUGGUGAGCUUGGUCCUCUGGUUGCCACUGGUUCUCACACGAAGUUUUUGCCUGUCUCCAAGGAGAAUCGCCAACCCAAAACUGAGUGA